AUGAGUCAGUCAUCAUCUGUGCCUCCGUUCUUCGACGAAAGCAUCUAUGCAUACUGGAAGGUUCGAAUGAGAGCCUUUCUUGAAUCUAUGGAUGAACGUGUUUGGAUUAUCGUUCAAGAUGGGUGGGCUCCAUCUUCAACAACUGUUGCUGGUGUAGUUACACACACUGAUAUCUCACUGUGGUCGAAAACAAAUUUGGAUGAGUAUAAUUGGAAUAGUAAGGGCCUUCAUGCCCCGUUCAUGGCUGUUUCUGCUGAAGAAUUUAGGCGUGUAUCGAUGUGUGAAACUGCUAAGAAAGUUUGGGAUAUUUUAGAAACCACACAUGAGGGAACUAAAAUUGUUCAGAAAUCUAAACUGCAGAUAUUGACGUCUAGAUUUGAAGAACUUAGGAUGAAUGAUGAUGAGAGAUUUGAUGAGUUCUAUGCUAUGCUGAACGGUAUUGUGAACUCUAGUUUUAAUCUAGGCGAAAGGAUCCCUGAGGCAAAAAUCAUGCGUAUGGUUCUUAGAUCCCUACCUGAAAGGUUUAGACCUAAGGUAACUGCCAUUGAAGAAAGUAAGGACCUAGAUAGCGUUAAAGUAGAAGAACUCGUAGGAUCCCUCCAACCUUAUGAAUUGACCUUAGCACAACCUAAGAAAUAG